UAUUGGUUCGAUUUUGAUUGGGCAGUUUAUACAACAAACAAGGCUUUUAACUUCUGUCGCUGAGACCGUUUAGUUUCAGACAGUACCUGCAACUUAUCGUCACCCUGAAUCACUCGAAAGGAGUCAUCUUCUUCAAUCUUGAUGCUAUUCGACUAGAAUGGCUUCCGCUUUCUCUGCAAUUAGGAUUUCGAUGUCCAAAAUGAGUCCAUUUCGUGCUAGCCAUUUCUCUUUUCCCGCCACAUUCGUUUUAGCCCAUACCAACCGAAUCCUGUGCAACUCUUCGCGUUCUGUAUCUUCGUCUCCUUCUCCGUCUGACAUUUCUUCUUCUUCUUUUUCGUUGAUGGAAACAAAUGGAAAUUCGAGGUGGAGACCCAUGUGCUUGUAUUUCACUCACGGGAAGUGCACAAAGAUGGAUGAUCCUGCCCAUUUGGAAGUUUUCAACCAUGAUUGUUCGAAGGAACUUCCAGUGACCGCUGCUGAUCUUGAGAAGAAAGAACCACAAGAAUUCGACUAUUUCUUGGGUUCUUGACUUAAAAGAAAAGUUGAGAUUCUUGAGUUUCCUGUAUUGAUCGUAGACGAAACAAUGGAAGUCAUUGUUAUCAGUGGAAAUUGGGAUAUAAAGACAAAGAUUCCCGAGCAAUGCGUAGUGUCGAAUAUCAAUCUUCCGCAGUAUUUUAUGGAGUGGAUUAAUCUCAAAGACGUCUACUUAAAUUUCUACGGACGUGAGGCCAGAGGAAUGGUGUCAAUGAUGAGGCAAUGUGGAAUAAGGCUCAUGGGAAGUCACCAUCUCGGCAUUGAUGACACAAAGAACAUCACGAGAGUGGUGCAACGGAUGCUCGCGGAUGGUGCAGUGUUCAAGAUCACAGCUCGAAGGAGCAAGUCCAAUGUGAGAAACGUCGAGUUUCUGUUCAAGAACCGGAUCAAGUAAGCUCUGUGAGGAAUAAUGACAAACCCAACAAGAUCUUUGAUCUAUAAAUCACUAAGCCAAGUCUUUCUGAGUAUUAUGAUGAUAAUUCGAAGAAGACAGUGUGAUAGUGGUCAGAAGGUUUAGCCGGUUCAAGAAAUGAUAUGUAUUUUAAUUUAACUAGUGCUAUCUUAUGAGAUUAUAAAAAAGUAUUUAUGUCAAAAAUGGCAGGAAAAAUUGUUGGUAUAAAAAGUCUGAGAUUCCAAAUUAAUA